AACACAACACGGUAGCAUUGCGCUAUCUCUCACCGGCGCAAUUUCUGACUCUUCUCACGACCUCAGAGUCCUGCGACACGUAUGCGACCGUGACCUGUGCCGACUCGUCGUCUACGAACUUUGCGACCAUAGCUAGCCAGCCCGUCAAGAUGGGGAGGAAUCGCGCUGUGUCCAACGCCUCAACGCGGAGCAGCGAGCCGCCUUUACAAGAGCUGGGAAGCAUGUAUGACUACCUGGCAAAGGUGAUACUGCUGGGUCCUAGCGGUGCUGGCAAAUCUUGUCUCCUGCAUCGUUUUGUUAAAUCAGAGUGGCGCUCUCUGUCUAGCCAGACAAUCGGUGUAGAAUUCGCAUCCAAAAUUGUCCACAUUGCCGACCGCCGCCGCUCCCCCUCCUCCUCUGCGUCGCGAAAACGAAUGAAGCUACAACUCUGGGACACUGCCGGCACAGAACGUUUCCGCUCGGUGUCGCGAUCCUACUACCGUGGGGCGGCGGGCGCGAUACUUGUCUAUGACGUGAGCAGCUGGCGGAGCUUUGAGCAAUUGCAGACUUUCCUCAACGACGCAAGGGCGCUGGCCGGGCCCGAUCUUACCAUUAUACUCGUAGGGAACAAGAAUGACGUUGAGACUGGCGAGGGAAUUCCCGUAGGGUUGAGCAGUAGCCAAGGUGCCAACGGUGGCGGAUAUUCCAGUUAUGGGAGCACCCCGAGUUCAGAGAGCGGACUACCGCCGCCUACACCAUCAUCACAAUCCAGCAGAGCAACGAGCCUCAAUGCGAAUCUCCAUGCUUCGUACACUAUAGCCCCCGAAGGCCGCGAAGUGCCGACCGAGACGGCGUCGCGAUGGGCGGGGCAAAAUGGGAUACCAGUUGCGGUCGAGGUCUCCGCACUAAAUGGAGAAAAUGUGGAGGAGCUGUUUAACAGAUUGGCAAGGAUGAUCUUGACCAAGAUUGAGCUAGGCGAGAUUGAUCCUGACGAUCCUGCGAGUGGCAUACAGUAUGGUGAUUUGGGCUGGGACGAUGGUGGAGGCAGUAUCAAGAGCGGGUUUGGGGAUGAGGGUGUGAGAUACCGCAGAAGAGGCAGGAAGUCUGGUGCGCUGAGCGAAUGGGAAGACGUAUUCAGGCUCGGCGGAAAUAGACGGAAAAGAGGCUGUUGUUGAAAGCGGCUUCGUCUACAGAUGGAUUGAAACAGUACGUUCAUAAGCGAUUUUCUGGUUGAAGCUCUUUGUUCAUUUUUUUGCGGCGCGUUAUAUUUGCAGUCACGUAGUAGUUUUCCCUCUGAUUAGACAGCAUACCCCCUUGAGUUUUGUUUGUCCCUUACGAGAAUACACGAUAUACUAGAC